UUGCGGAAUUUUUCUUAUUACGUCUCGCGUAAAGUUUUCGGGAACGCCAGUGCGGAGCAAAAAAAACCAUUGAUUUUUCUAGUAAAAUACGAAAAAAUCAUGUAAAAUUGAGUUAAUUAGUCGCGGAAACAGUAGUCCAUUGUUCAAUCUUCAACGGAAGAUUGAAAAUCCAUACCGCCGGAGGAUGUUGCAGUUCCUGAAAAAGUCUGCUGUGUCUCGGAAAAACUCCGGCAGCGGCAGCAAUUUGGCGCAUCAGGAAGAAAACAUAAAUAACAAGUCAUCAUCAUCGGCAGCGAAAUCGACAACGAGCGAUGAUGUCAUUGACGGCGCUGCUAAUGAAUGCAAACCGGCUAGCGAUGAGCAAGCCUUACUAGAAGCGGAACUUUAUUGGCUGGAACGGUGGAAUAGUGUGCCGGAAGUUAGAUCUCGGUUGUCUCGAACCCUGCUGGACAUUUUGGCCGAGCAAAGCUGCAUCUGCUACUUUGUCCAAUUUCUGGAAACGAAAGAUGCCCUUCCGUUGGUGAAGUUCUGGCUCGAUGUGGAGAGUUUCAAGGCAGCUGCCAGUGCGGAUUAUGCACGGGGUUGUGAUGGCCGAAAUGGUAAAGGUCCUGGGCAUCGUGGUCUGCAGAGAAGUGUGUCCUCGGACGGGUACGAUAGUUUGUCCUACUUAAGCGUGGAUUGCGAUUCCAUAUCCACUUACUCGGAAAAUGCUUUCGAUGAUGGAACGACUACAACGGAUGACGUUGAUCACAGUUGUAGGACCUCUAACAACUGCACUCCGAUUCCCCCCGCCCUUGAGGUAGUCCUGGAGGAAGAGAAACGACCCGCGGAAGAUGAUGACCGGAAGCAAAUCUUAGAAGUGUGCAACCUUACCAUGCGCCAGUCAUUGACGGACGACGAAAAGACUCAAAUCUGCGCCUCGAACAAGCUGAAGUUGGAGGAACCCAACCCUACGCCCACAAGCAAGGACGAAGGAUUCAACUCCCUCGUCAACUCGGACGCGGUACGAAUCUAUCGGAAGUAUCUGGUAAGCAACUCGCCGUGCUACAUCGAGAUGCCGGCGACGAUUCUGUCGCACAUUUCGUUGGCUCUUUGCGGCGGAAGUUGCAGUGAAGAGAUCUUCAACGAAGCGCAACAGUAUCUGGUGGAUGUAAUGGAGAAGUCAUACCUGAAUGCAUUUCUGGAGAGCAGCUUCUACAGUAAAUAUACUUUUGAGGUUCUCUCGAGCGAAAGCCUAACUCUGAAGGACAUCCUCUGCAGCGAGAUGGCUCUGUUUUACUUCAUGGAAUAUCUAGAGCAGAAAGGUAAGCGCCACAUCCUGGAGUUUUGUGUGACAGCUAGCCACUUCCGCCGUAGUGCCGAAAACAGCCAAGCCCAGGCCGAUGCCGUGGUGUUGUACGAAAAGUAUUUCUCGCUACAGGCGACCUGUCCGUUAAAUGUUAGUGAUAAGAUACGAUUCCUGGUUGAGGAAGGGAUUUGCUCGCAGGACGCCGGGACGAUCAAAAACUGCUUCGAAAUGCCUUCCAGGGUGAUUGAACGAUUCCUGGAGAAACGAUAUUUCCAGGGAUUCUUGAAAUCUCAACUCUACAAACAGUAUUUGGCCGAGUUGCUGGGGAAGAUCAAGACAGCCGGAGUCGGUGAGUCCACCGGAAGCAGUAUGGGAAUUCUAGCGGGCCGUAAGCAGAUAUUCUUCAGCGAUCGUAACCGAACGACCAACAAUCAAAGGCGUGGCCAUCGGAAAACCUUCUCGGAUGUGACAAGCGAAAGAAGCGGUCGGGCAAAACAGUUCGUUUCCUCUCAGAACACCCUCCUGGCCAUGUCCGAUACGAGCUUCCAUCGGAAGCGGACCAACACCGUCGGAACGGCCACCGGAACUGACAUCAUGCAAAUCGAUUCCCGUCAACUGUACAAUCCGGAUCUCCUAUGGAGGCGAAACUCGGUGGCCGGGCUGACGUUCGGCCGGGUCGACGCUCUGGGGCGGUACGAGCGAGAUUUCGACAUCGUGGAACCGCCCCAGGACGACGAUCGGUGGAGCAAAAACCGACUGAAGAAGGCGAUGCGAAAGCUGGUCAAUCUACCGGAGGACAAAGCCCAGGAGGAACUGGCCUGGCAGGUGGCGGAGAUGAUUGUCAAGGACAUCACCAGCGUCACGAUGAGCGGUGGCAGCGAAGGGAGCAACGCUCAUACGUGAUCGUGGUGUCCUCGCUCUCUUUUUCUUUAUAUUCUCUUUUAUUCCAAUUUGCGAGUAUUUCUCAUAUCGUUCGUAUUUUAGUCUUUACUAUAUGAUUAUUGCAUAGUUUAUCGUUGGUUGGAAUUUUGUUUUACCAUACGUCCAUUUUGUUAACUCGAAUAGGCAUCUUUAUGUUCGUUUAGGAUUUUUUUUGAAGAUUUUAUCUCUUUGUUUUUCUCUUUAGGUAAUUAUUUAUGGUUGUCGCUAAUGAGCAACCGAAAACAAAAUAUUUUCAAACAUUGUGGUUACCACAUGCAAUCGAACAAAUAAACUCUCUUUCUUUAACUCUUCAACUCAUAGGAUAUAAAUUGAAACUCUAAUGGUGCUUGAUAACAUUCGUAACGAAAACUACACUACAUCUCCUACAAAUAUCUAUUAAUAACCACCAUCCUUUACUUAACUAACUAAGAACUCAGUCAGUAGUCACUGUAUGUUCACAAACCGUAAGAAUCUGAUUCAAUUCGAGUCCGGAAGGUACACUGAAAGUUUUUAUAGAUUUUCCCUUUGUUUCAAAGAACUCUGAUCCAUCUGAUUUUUUUAAGUUGCAUCCUCAAACAUACUUUCGGAUUCCAUGAUUUUCUAAAUUUUUGUAAGUUACUGUACUGUACUAUACUAAAAGUAUUUCACAUAAUCCGUGCAUCGUUUUCGUUUGGUGAUGCUCUGAGUAAACAAAUAAAAUGAGAGAAUGAUGAAUUGCGCGUGCCAAUCUUUCGGAAGAGUUGAUCUAUUAGGUAUACAAUAGGUAUGCUGAUCUAGCGUGGACAGAACAAUGAGCACAGAUAUUUUUAUAUUUUAUUUUGGAUUCUAAAAUUUUACUGAGAAUGCGAGUUAAGUGUCGAAAUUAGUUGUGAAAAGACGUACUAGAGGUAUGUGAAUGUAGAAAUUAUGUAGAACUAAACUACAUAACCGUGACAAAGAAGACAGUAGUGAUAAGAGAUAAGGCACACUAGCGACAAAGAUGAUGUAUAUCUAGAAUUCUAAUAAAGAGUACUCAAAUAUAGAA